AUGAAGCGGGGAUCGCUUGUGUUGUGUCUCCUCGGGCUCCUGGUGUGCGCGCUGGCCACCGGGGCCGUGGCCGACGACCAAACGGCCGGUGACGAAGACGACCUGGUGGUGGAGGCCACCGGAACCAACGGACCCGUACUCGACUUCCUCUCGUUCAACUCGACCGACAUCGACGACCAGCGCCUCAAGCGAGCCUACUCCCUGUCGGUCAACCCCGCCAGCGGAGAACCCGGAGCCUCAUUCACCGCCACCUACACCGCCGAUAGCGUGAGGAGCACGUGGAUCGGCGUGUUCGCGAGCGGCCGCACCUCGACCAGUCUCUACAAGUACGUGCGAUCCAACAGCGGCUCGGUCACCUUCAACACCUGGGGUCUCGGCGAGGGCACCUACAAGGUGUACCUCGUCAUUUCGACCGGCGCCAUCCGCGCCAGCGCCACCUACACCGUCACCACCAGCGGCGGCGGCGGCGGCGGAUCCACCCCCGUACCGUCGCCUGCGGCGUCGCCAGACGCCUCGCCUGAGCCCUCUUCCGGCGCGUCGCCGGUCCCGUCGCCCAGCCGCUCGCCGGCGCCGUCGGCCAGCGCCUCGCCUAAGGCCUCCCCGGUGCCUUCGUCGGGUGACGCCGCCACGUGGCUCAACGAGCACAACGCCAAGCGGGCUCAGUACGGCGUGCCUGCGCUGGCCUGGAGCACCAAUCUCGAGAGCUCAGCCCAGAGCUAUGCUAACACGCUGGCCGCCGGAUGCACUUUUUCGCACAGCGGCGGCGACUAUGGUGAAAAUCUGGCGAUGGGCCACUCGAGCAUUGCUGCGGUGCUCAAUGGGUGGGUCGACAGCGAGGCACAGUACUACGACCCGGUGACGAAGCGGUGCAGCGGCGGCACGUGCGGACACUUCACGCAGGUCCUGUGGCGCAUGACGGCCUACGUCGGUUGCGGCAUCGGGCGGUGCUCGUCGGGCCGGCCGAUCUACGUGUGCCAGUACCUGCGCCCGGGCAACUGCAACGGCUACGAUUACCAGACCACGUCGUCGCCCUGUGGACCCCUCGGCCCGUAA